GCAGCUUUUGCCGCCGCCGCCGCCGGCCCCAAAAGCCUGCACCAGGACUACAGCGAGGGCUACUCCUGGUGCCUGCAGGAGGCCGUGCAGUUCCUGACGCUGCAUGCGGCCAGCGACACGCAGAUGAAGCUGCUCCACCAUUUCCAGCGUCCCCCAGCCGCGCCCGCCGUGCCCGCUAAGGAACCCAAGGCGACCAGCAGCGCGCCCACGCCCGUGCUCACUCCCGCCAAGGCCACUGCAGUGACCGCGCGCCAGCCCACCUGCGGCCUCUGGCGGCCCUGGUGACCCGGCAGGACGUGCAGGUGGCCGCCCCGAGGACCAGAGGCCAGCCUGCACCUCUGGCCAUUCGUCUGUCCCUCCUGGGGCUUGGACAGGCCCCCUUCUCCGGAAGGCUCGCUCUCCAGGCUGGCGGGCCAGCAGGAGGGUCCUUCUGGAGAGAAGGCGGUCACAGAGCCCUGGUCACUCAGGACAGUCGGGGCCGCCUUCGCACAAGUGUCUGACUCCACGGGGUUGUUCUGUGUUUGCAUUUCAGCAAGUGACUUCUGGGAAGUCCCCGCUGCCCGGGGUUCUAUGAUAUUUGUAGGCGUCAGGGGCUCGGUCAGCCGGUGCCCCCACGUGUAGAGGACUUUCUUCAGGGCCUGCUGCUGCCGGGCCAGGGGGCCUGGCGGGCGGGCCGUGCCGUGGGCACAUUUGCCUUUUGUGAAGGCGGAACUCAAGGUGUAUCCUCAUAGGAAAGAGUGUCAGCCUGGAUGGGCACUGAAGGACCAUGCAGAGCUGUGGCCGAAAGGCCCCUGCGUGCACGUGGUUGUCUAGUUGGGGCUCAUAGUGGGCUUUGUGGGGAGGGUGGGCGUCUCCACCAUGAUCCUCAAAGGAUCCCUCUGUGUGGGCGAGUGCGUGUGGUCAUGACUUUGUACUCAGAAUUUGAACCCUCGGUCACGUGGGAGCCCACGGGACUGCUCUGCAGACUUCCAAUAAAAUCUGACUAAGCAGCC